ACCGCAAGUAACAAUAGCAACUGCAAUUGUAUUUUGUCAUCGCUUCUUCCUCCGCCAGUCUCAUGCAAAAAAUGAUAGGAGGUAAUAUCUGUUAGUUUAUCUGAUCCAUGAGCAUUGGACUUCUUCUGCAGCAUACAAUCUCAAAUUCAGAAUGUUUACCUGAGCAAAUAAUCUUCUAUACUAAAAAACUAUGGUUAUUGUACCUUCUCUGCAGUAAGUCCAUGGGUUAACUUUUUUUACUAGACAAAGAGCCCUAUAGCUAUGCGUAUGUCAGUAUAUAUGAAUAUACCAACCCUAUUUUCACAAGGUACAAGGUGCAAGUCCUUAUAUUUAGCACUGAUAUGCAAUUGAUUCUUUGCAAAUUAGUGUAAACCUGUACCUUUUGGGCCCAUUUAGUAAAUAAAAGUGAAGAAUUGAAGAUCGUCUUGCUAUGAAGUAUGGAGACAGGACAUGAGAUGGAUAUGACACUAUACAGAAACACCAAUAUUGCAAAUCCCAACACAGCAUUCAGUAGAUAUUCUAGUUGUCAUAGAUAACUAUAUCAUCCAUGGCAAACAUUAAUUAUUGUUUAGUAUUCUAAAAACUCUAUAGUUCUAGGUCUUCUCUCUCUCUCUCUCUCUCUCUCCGGACUCCUUAAAUCUCUCAGUUAGAUUGCACAUGAUAAUGAAGGGCGAAACCAACUGGACAAAUAAACUAGCAGUUCAAAAGCAUUCAGGACAUUUCAGGAAAUGUCUGGAGCACAUCCUAGCCAUCACCAUUUUUUUUUGAAAUAAAUAAACUGAUAUCAACACAAAGUAUCCAAUAAGUAUCAGACCUGACAUUUCUGAAAUGCUAUGCUUGUUGUAAGACAACUUUUCAAAUUGCACCUAUCUCUAGCUUAGGACAGCAUGUUAUGUUUUAAAUGCUUCUAGAUUUGAUGUGUAUCCAUAUAUUGCAUAAAUUUGCAAAUCACAACUCCAGUUUACGUAUGUUUGACACCUGAACUUGACAUAUCUAUACUAGCUGAGACUUAUUUUCCUGGUUAAUGCUGAAACAUUUUUAUUUUAGUUAACACAGGCAAAUGAAUGUGGGAGCAAGCUGUCAGUGUUACAUGCCACUUUUACUCUUUUUUUUUAAAAAAAAUGUGUUGAUUGAGUCUUUACAACCUAUAUCCUCUCAUAUCUCAGUAAUCUUCAAUUCUUCACUUGGGUUCUGUCCUAAAAUUAUUUCCAUUUUUCCCAUAUAUUGUAUUACUCUUCUUGCUGAAGUAUGAUUUGCUACGAGAUAUCCAUUGAAUAAGAGAUACUGUAACUUCCUCAUUUUUGGCAACACUUUCAAUUAGAGAGACUGAGAGACAGCAAAAAAUAUACUUUCACUUAAUUUAAUCUUGUGGCAGUUAUAUUUUGCCAAGCACUUUUCAGUUAUUUUUGCUUGUUUGGGUUCCUAGUUCCUGCCAUUGGUUUUAUAAUGAUGUUUUUGUAUUUAUGCCUUUUGUUUGCCUGUCUACUUGUUACUUGAUCAUAUAACCAAUGAGAGCUAGUGAUGAUACGAGAUUGGUUUUCUAUCGGGAGCGAGUCUUGUAGAAGAUACUGUGGUGAUCAUAGAUCGUCGUACCGGCUCGAACCGGACAGUACAGAGCAUACCGUACCAGUUGGUACCAGUAUCUGGUAUGAGUGGCAUACUGACAAUCGGUAUGCUGAAAAGACUCUGAACUGUACUAUACCGACAGUGCUAGUGUGGCAUCGGUACGAGGUCCGGUACCGAGAUAGCGAACCUUGGUGGUGAUUGUUGUGGGUUUUUGAUCAAUGCUGAUGCUUAGCUUUUAUGGUGAUAUGGUUUGCAGACCAUUGCUACUGUGUGCAUGUUUUUGGCGGGAAAGGUUGAAGAAACACCUCGGCCUUUGAAGGAUGUUAUUCUUGUUUCAUAUGAAAUUAUCCAUAAAAAGGAUCCUGCUGCUGUUCAACGAAUUAAACAGAGGGAAAUAUAUGAACAACAGAAAGAACUUAUUUUAAUUGGGGAACGGCUGGUACUUGCAACUCUUGGUUUUGAUCUGAAUGUGCAUCAUCCAUAUAAACCCCUGGUUGAAGCAAUAAAGAAGUUUAAGGUUGCUCAAAAUGCCCUUGCACAAGUUGCUUGGAAUUUUGUCAAUGAUGGGCUACGUACUUCACUCUGCCUGCAAUUUAAGCCCCAUCAUAUUGCAGCUGGUGCCAUCUUUCUGGCUGCCAAGUUUCUGAAAGUGAAGCUUCCAUCUGAUGGUGAGAAGGUCUGGUGGCAGGAAUUUGAUGUUACCCCACGACAGUUGGAAGAGGUGAGCAAUCAAAUGCUGGAGUUGUAUGAACAAAACCGUGCAGCACAGCCACCAUCCCAUGGGAGUGAAGCUGAAGGGAGCUCUGUCACUGGGGCCAACCCACAGACUCCUGUAAAAACUCCAGCUGCUGUUGAGGAGUCUCCACAAAACGGAUACUCUCAGGCAACAAAAACUGCUGGCAUGCAGAGUGCUGCCCUGACAAGCUCACUGGCACGGCCGGUCCCUGAUCAGUCACACUCUGAUAGGCAAAACGGGACCCAGAGGGUUCCUCAACAUGAAAGCAAAAACCAUGGGAACUAUGAGCAAAGAAGUGGCUUUUAUGACAAUAAAGUGGAACCUGGACUGAAGGAUCAUUGGCAUCCUGAAUCAGGGAAUGUGGCAGAAGCCAUGAACAGCAGAUCCAAUUAUGGGUCUGAAUGUUCGCUAGAAGAGUCUGUGAUGCCUGUCACUGGUGGAAGCACACAAACGAAAGACAGGAAUAUUGGUGGCAAUGAAGGUCCCAAAGUUUGCUCCCCCCUGGAUGCUAUAAAGAAGAUUGAUAAGGACAAGGUGAAAGCUGCUUUGGAGAAACGGAGAAAGUCCCGAGGUGAUGUUGCUAGGAAAGUGGAUCUGACGGAUGAAGAUGACCUCAUUGAGAGGGAGCUCGAACAUGGUGUUGAAUUGGCAGUUGAGGAUGAGAGAAUUAAGCAGGAGAGGAGGCAUAGCUGGUCAAAGCCUUUGUACAGACAGGAGCCUCAAAAUCCAGACCGUAUAACCGAGAAUGGGUACCAUGGAGCUGACAAGGCAGUGGAGAAUGUGGAAGAAGGGGAGCUGUCGCUGGAUAGUCAGGAGUUCCAUUCUCCGGAGCCUGGCCGCCAGAAGAGGAAAGCAGUGAGCCCAGGUAAACAGUUUGCAGGAAAGGAUGGAUUUGACCUCCCACAUUAUCAUGCAUCGUCCGCAAAGCACCGCGGUACAAUCGAUGAUUCACAUGUAAUGGGAAGAUUUGAACGUGCUGAGAGGGAGCAUAAAAGGCCAAGACAGGAAAAUCAGGUCUGAUGUUCGUACAAUGGUGGAAGACAUUUAACUUGGGAGGUUAUCACCGCAGAAGGGAAAGUGCUGGUCUGGUACAAGCUUUGCCUAUAUGCUGAUCUGUAUCAGGAUGCUGAGACAUAAUUUUAUUAUCCAUAAUGUGCUUGUGCGGUCUGGAGCCUACAGAGAUCAUAAAAUUCAUCUUGAAGUUAAUUUUAUAUAAACAAAUACAUACCAGUUUUAAAACUCUCUUCUGUGCAAAUCCUGACAACAUUGAUUUAUGGCCUUAAAGAUGUGCCUUGCUGGUUUCCUUUAUCAAUGACAA